AUGGCGGGAAAAAUGGUUCUUUAUAAACUGGUGGUCCUCGGUGACGGUGGUGUCGGUAAAACAGCUUUGACAAUUCAGUUAUGUCUACAACAUUUCGUUGAAACUUAUGAUCCGACAAUUGAAGACUCGUACCGAAAACAAGUCGUCAUAGAUGGCCAGGCUUGUAUGUUGGAAGUAUUGGAUACCGCUGGCCAAGAAGAAUACACAGCCUUACGAGACCAGUGGAUUCGAGAUGGUGAGGGUUUCGUACUAGUUUAUAGUAUUUCGUCUCGGUCGUCAUUUUCCCGAAUCAAGAGAUUUCAUCACCAGAUUCAACGGGUAAAAGAAUCAUGCUCGGCAUCACCCACCUAUCCUGGCUCGCCGAUAUCUACAAUAACGCCCCCAAGUGCGGUACCGAUUAUGCUAGUUGGUAAUAAGAGCGACCGAGUAACGGAGAGAGAAGUGUCGACCCAAGAGGGUCAUGCUCUAGCGAGGGAAUUAGGUUGCGAGUUCGUCGAAGCAUCGGCUAAGAACUGCAUAAAUGUUGAGAAGGCUUUCUAUGACGUCGUUAGGAUUCUACGCAGACAGCGACAACAAGCAUCUCGGCCGAUGCCGCAAACCGGCCGCCCACGACCUCAAAAUGGAGAAGCUCCCCACAGGGAACCUGGGGAUAGGUAUAGGAGGAACCGCCGAGGUGGAGGUGGAAACGGAGGACGCUGCGUCAUAUUAUAG